ACAGGAGUAGUGUAUGAUGAAAACCAGAAGAGCGUUCAGUUCCAUAUUACCUUGUGGAUCGUGAUAACUUGUAUCAUUGCAUUCCUUUUGGGAACCUAUGCCACGCUUGAAAUCUCUAAAACAAAGGACUCAUUGCUGUACUCAAAGAUUAACACAUCCAACAACGCAAAAUGA